UGGGCCUUUAAGAGCAGCAGUUCACAGUACAGCUUGCCCUGGGAAUUUUGGAGCAAAGCAGGGUGGAGAGCCUGAGCUCGCUGGCUGAGAGGCAGAAUGAACAUUGAAGAGUACUUUGCAAGAAUUUCUUACGAUGGCUCCCACAAGGACACAGACUUGCAAACCUUAACAGACAUCUUCCAGCAUCACAUCCGGGCAAUCCCCUUUGAAAACCUCAGCAUGCACUGCGGGGAGGACAUCCACCUGGAGUUAGAAGCUACUUACAACAAGAUCGUGAGGAAGAGCCGCGGUGGCUGGUGCCUGGAGAGCAACCACCUUUUAUUUUGGGCCUUGCAAGAGUUAGGGUAUGACGUCUGCAUCCUUGGAGCAAAUAGCUACGACCCGGCAGAGAGGGCAUACACCGAUGAGAUGAAUCAUAUCCUACUCAAAGUGGUGAUCCAGGGCAGUUCCUACAUAGUAGAUGCUGGGUUUGGUGGUGCCUACCAGGCGUGGCAGCCACUGAUGCUGGUUCCUGGGAAGGAUCAGCCCCAGAUUCCCGGCAUCUUCCGCUUCCUGGAAGACAAUGGCACCUGGUACUUUGAGAAAGUGAAAAGGAAGCAUCAUGUUUCUGAGCAAAGUGUCCCUUCCACAGUUACUCCAGGCUUGGGGAACAUCAGAAAAAUAUAUACAUUCACUCUUGAGCCGCGACAGAUAGAUGACUUUCAGGAGCUAAACGCAUACCUGCAAGUGGAUUCAGAUAACAUCCUUAGGAAGAAGUCAAUCUGCACUCUCCAGACCCUUGAAGGGGUUUAUGCCUUAGUUGGGUGGACCUUCAGUGAGAUGAAGUAUAACUACAUGGAGGACAUGGACCUGCUGCAGAUCACAACCUUUACAGAUGAAGAGCUUGAGAAGACACUGAAAGAAAAAUUCAAUAUAGUGCUGGAGAACAAACUUGUACCAAUAAACGUCCGUGGCUUGCCACCUAAUUUAGUGGACACAGUCUAA